GCCUUCUCCUCACAAUUCCUGUUUAACCAUUAUUGCAAACUCUUAAUACUCACUGCCACCAAUUGUAACAACAGCUAAAACAAAGUCGUUCACAGCCAUGGAUAGUUCAGUACUGAGUUUCGGCAAGAAUAUGUACGACAGGCUGCGCGAAAGUGUUUUGUCGUCCAACUAUAGAUCGCCGUAUACGCUUGUUGACGAAGGUAACGACGACGACGACGACGAAGAAUCUGUUCAAAGCCCAAGCAACAUGUUCUUCUCCGUCCAGGCUCCGAAUCCGGAAUCUAUACCCAUGACAGACUCACGGGCAUUUUACGACGAACGCAUAACUAAUGGCGAAAACACAAGUGAACUCUUCGAUAGCGACUAUAGAGCUAAUCAGUACAGCGAUGGUGACCUUGGUUACUCUGACUUUUCAUAUACUCGUAUGUCGGAGUUUCAGUCGGAUGCAGAAGAACUGCCACAACCGUCUGCCAUAUAUCUCGACGUUCCACCUCCAGUUAAUUCAACAAAUUCCCAAAAGCGUACGCUAGCGGAGUCGCUCCUACCAACGACGUCGGCGAUACCAGCAGAUGUUACAACUGUCAAACCCCACAUGAAAUUGAAAGAUCCAUUUUUCGCAUUUCUUUAUGUUAUAGCAUUUUUGAUUUUUAUUGUAUCUGGACUUGUGAUCCUUUUCACGACAGAUUCUCAUGCCAUUGAAGAUUUUUCAAGAGGAACUGUUUUUAUAGCCAUCAAAGGCAGCGCAGGCAUUCUAGCCAUCAUGUUUAGUCUGGCAUUAGCCGUGAGCGCAAUCUGGAUCAUUCUACUUCGCAAAUAUGCUCGUAGCAAUUUUAUAGAAGGAAGUGGGCCAACUGGACACGACACACGCUUGACCAUUAUGUCUUUCUUCCCGCUUGUCACUGGAAUCCUUUACCUUCGGAUAUUGCUAGGUAAUAAGGAGAAGAUUGAGCAUACAUUGACAGUCUUCGAGCUGGCAUGUGAUGUAUUGCGUGCCAAUCCAGAAGCUGUUUUGCUCUCUGUCUCACUCAUGGGCGUAUUUGUCGCAUUUUCAAGCUUAUGGAUUGUCUUGUUUAGCCGACUAUGGCUAAUCGGCCACACCAUUUCGCCUACCACACCUUCAGGAAUCGAAUGGGUGGUCAAUAACAAUGUAUACCUUCUUGCGACGUUUUAUAUCUUUUUCUAUCUGUGGACCGCUUCUCUCCUAAUCAAUAUUCAAAGGUUUUCUCUGGCUGGGGUGACCGCACAAUGGUAUUUUCAUCGACAUGAGCCUGUAGACUCUAUUUCAGCAAAUCCUUCGAAAGCGGCUCUGACAAGAGCCUGCACAACUUCACUUGGCACUGUGGCUGUGGGAGCAUUGCUCCUAUCCAUAGUUCAAACAUUUCAAGUCGUAUCAAUACAAGUACAGAAGCGAUUGAAAGCAAGCAAUAUUGUAUUUGGAGCCAUUUUAGGCUGUCUGAAAUUCAUAGAGAUGAUUGUAGGAGCCAUCAACAAUGAAACUAUAAUCCUUGCAGGCAUUACUGGAGAAUCUUUCUUAGCUUCUGCAAGAUCAGUGACAAAGGUGUUCAGAAGAAACUUGAUCUCUGGUGUUCUAGAAGGUCUCCUCACUCGGAUGAUUCUUAAUAUCAGCGCCUUGAUGCUUUCACUGUUUUCAGGAUUUGCAACGUACAUUUUUGUAACAAGAUCCUUACACUCUCCACAUGGCAUGAUUGUUGGUUUUCUUGCGGCUGUGGUACCAUUUUACAUAUCCCGGUUCUUUACCAGUCUUCUCAAUAAUAUAAUUGAUGCCUUGUUUGUGAGCUAUGCUAUCGACCUGGACACUAACACCGUUCAUUGCAAUGCGGCUCACAAAGUGUUUGGUAGUAUUUCAUAGACCGAUCGCCAACCUUUUUCUAUGCUUCCUUUUCUUCCAAUAAUGUAAACGCGCCCUGUAUACAACUCAUAUUAUAUUACAAAUACUGUCUGUGUUCAUGAUGUCUAUAAUACCGCUUUAACACACCGAAUCUGAGGAGAAAUACUUUUUAAGAGAAAUGGAUUAAUGGGGCUGCAACCUCAAGAUGAUAAAGUGCACAGCAAGCAAUUGAAGGUCGUUGUACGAAGACUUCUAUUGUGAACAGCGAACCAAGAAAAAAUUUUGUAUAAU